GUAGUAUUCAUGAAUGCAUCUUCAUCAUCAUCAUCUUCAAUCUCUCUCUCUCUCUCAUCGAGGCAGAUAAACACAGGUAAGCUUAGGUGCAAAGAAUUUCAUCACAACACUCUUACGCAACGCCCUCACCCCUACGAUCUAACACCACGUCACCCUCUUCUUCGACGGCCCUGAUUUCUUCUUCCUCAUCUCUCUAACUUUAUGUGGGAUUAUAAAUGGUGUUAGUUUGAUACAGUAUUGCUCAGGUGGUACAGAGGAAAUCAGAGUCCCUGGAUUUGGUGUGAGGAGGUUUUAUGAAAUCUUGUCAGAUGUGGUCAGCAACUAAGAAGGCAAAAAAUGGUUUCACUGGUUCAAGUUUCCUAGCUCACCAAGAUAGCACUCUCAAGGAACCGGUAGAUGUCUCUUCUUCAUCAUCGUCAUCUUCAGAUGAUGAAUCUCUUGAGACAGAGGGUGAAGAUGAACAAAAUAAGCAGCUGGUGCUUUAUGACCCUCGGGCUAAUGGUACAGGUGCAAUUGAACCUGUUCCUGACCCUAUUCAGUGCCGGCCUCUGCCAAUCUCAAAAUAUUCGUCUCCAAAUUCGUCUUCCAGAGUUUUGCCAUCUGUAGGGGCUUUCACUGUCCAGUGUGCAAAUUGUUUUAAAUGGAGGCUCAUCCCAACAAAGGAAAAGUAUGAAGAAAUACGUGAACAUAUCCUGGAACAGCCUUUUUUUUGUGAAACAGCUCGUGAGUGGCGACCUGAUAUAUCAUGUGAUGAUCCAGCAGACAUUUCUCAAGAUGGCAGCAGGCUUUGGGCAAUCGAUAAGCCUAACAUUGCGCAGCCCCCUCCUGGGUGGCAACGGCUGCUACGGAUCAGAGGCGAAGGAAGCACCAAGUUUGCAGAUGUAUAUUAUGUAGCACCUUCAGGCAAGAGACUACGCUCAAUGGUGGAGGUCCAAAAGUACUUUCUAGAACAUCCAGAGCAUAUGACUGAUGGGGUAACUCUCUCACAAUUCUCAUUUCAAAUUCCAAGGCCUUUGCAGGAAAAUUAUGUGAGAAAGCGCCCUACACGUCGAGCUGCCUUAUGUGAUGGCACUAGACCCCUUGAACCUGAUGAAGUGAGUCCCCUGUCUUGGGCAGGCCCAGAUGACAGUCGAGACUUGCAGCUUAAUAGGUCAGCAAUGCCUUCUUCUUACCUUGAGGCACCUGUUUUUGAUCCUGUUCAUCGACCCGCAAAGAAGCGAGCAAGAACUCCUACAAAGGAGAUGUACAGUAGUAAGCCAAAUUAAAAUUAUCAUAGGGGUUAAGGUUGAUGGGUGGAAUUAUGAUCAUGGGUUGGUCGAGAUAGCGUUUUGGUUUUGUUUCUCCUGUGACUGCUCACUUUGUAUCUUGUCUUAUGUUGCCCCACAUUACUAGAUUAUGUUUCCAGAGGAAAAAGGGGAAGUUUUGUUGAGAAAGAAUGUGAAAUAGAACAGGUCAGCUUGGGGUUUAAGGGUUAGUGUUGUAGGCUUGGCAUCUGGCCUUUGUGAAGAACCCGUAUAAAAGAAAAUAUAUAGUUUAUAUUGGAUCCGUCAACUGAUUUCACAAUUAUGUACAUGCAUGACUUCUUAACUCCGCC